UUUAUUAAACAGAACACUCUGAUGAAGUCAGGAAUAUUUUACUAUUUAAAUCACACAUUUGCAGAGUUUGCCUUCAGAGCUGCAAAACUUUUAUGCUGUUCCCAGCUGAUGGUUUUCCCUGCGACCGUAACCUUGGAGUUCUGAUGGAAACUUAACGAAAGAGCGAUCACUAGUAAUUUGAAAAGGCUGAAGCCUAAAGCAGCUGCCAAGAGUGAUACAAUGCCACCACAGAGCCUCUUGGAUGAAUCAGCAAAACCCACAUAUGCAUCUAUAGGGGCUGUUGCACGAGCCAGGAGCAGGCACUUGUGCCCAUAGGUGCUGUGGGAGCAGCGGAUUCCCUGUCCAAUGAGGUGGAAUGCUCCGCGGGCACAUGGUUUACGCUGCUCAAAAUAACUUGGGACCUGCAAACUGACAAAUGCUAUUGCUCCGGUGGUGACAGGUUGUCCAGCUCCUUCCAGCCAUCCUCACAAUAACCAAGGUUAACUUCCUUCACUCUUUAUGGACUCCUCCUAGCUGUUUCUGUUCCUGAGGACUCGGAGGAUCCCCUCGCUUCCUUAACUUUAAUCUCACACUUCUGGAUAACUGUCAGCGCUACUCACUGCCAGGGCUGGGCAGCAGCAGCAGCUGGAGGAAUUAAAAAAAGCAUGCAAGACGACAGUUUAGAAACCUCAACUUCAAUAUCUCAGCUUCUGAGAGAGAGUUAUUUAGCAGAAACUAAGCAUCAAGGGAAGAGUGAAAGGAGCAGAUCAGAGCCAGUUUCUCAUAAUUUCCACUAUGGCAAUGCUUCUGGUGAUUCAGAUGAGGUAGCUGCCCAAGAUGACCUCCCAGAUCUCUCAGCCUUUUUGAGCCAAGAAGAGCUUGAUGAAAGUGUAAACCUGGCAAGACAAGCUAUUGAUCAGAAUCCACUGGAAACUAAACAGGAUGAGCUUCAGGCACAUUCGCAGCGCCCCCCAGAUCAGCUGAACAACGCGGGAAAACACAAACAAAUGGCCCAGUCUACAGCUUUGAAAACAUCAGACAAUGGCCUGCACUCCAACUUCUGUCAGGAACAUGUCAGAAAUACAAGGGGGUCCAAAGGGAGCUCUCAAGAUCUAAAGAAACACCACCUCCCUUCUGAGUCAGAAUCCAAAAAGGAAUUCCUGAACAAGGCAGCAGAUUUCAUUGAGGAGCUCUCGUCGCUUUUCAAAGCUCACAACUCUGAAAGAAUACGACCCCGAACAUGCAAAAACUACAAGAGCAAAAUCGAUUCUAAGAACAAGUCUGCUCAAAAAGGUAGCUCCAGCCUGUCUCUCACGUCAGAAAACAGAGAAAGGCUUUCCAUUCCAACACCUCAAGACUUGGAAAACAAAGCAGAGAAAACUUUUGAACAAACAGAUGAUCAACGGGCCGCAAACCUGGAAUCCAUCGCUCAAUUAACAAGCGCAGAGCUGAAAACAGAGUCAGAAUCUGCAUCUGUAUAUUCUGAUGAGCCCCUUGGACAACCACCACGCUUUACUCAGAAACUGAAGAGCAGGGAGGUUCCUGAAGGAUCCAAAGUGCAAUUGGACUGCAUUGUGGUAGGAAUCCCAGCACCUGAAGUCAGGUGGUACUGUGAAGGGAAGGAGCUUGAAAACUCACCAGACAUUCAAAUUAUCCAGACAGGGGAUCGACACUCACUGAUUAUUGUUGAAGCUUUUGAGGAGGACACAGGGCGUUACUCGUGCUUUGCUUCCAACAUCUAUGGAACAGACUCCACUUCUGCAGAGAUUUACAUAGAAGGCAUCUCUUCUUCUGACUCUGAAGGUGAAAUCAUCAGAGACGAAAUGGAUCACAAACCAAAGCCAGCCAACACCUCUGUGAAUGCAGCAGCUCCUGCUGUCAGAACUGCAACCAAGCAUCAGGAGAGUGCCAGGGCACCAUCAGCUGUGGCUCAGCCUGGGUCUGUCCCUGUCCAGACUGUGUCAACACCACUUAACCAGGCUCAAAGCCCCACUAACUAUUUGCAAGGACUGGAUGGAAGACCUAUAAUUGCUGCUCCUGUAUUUACAAAGAUGUUACAGGAUAUUUCAGCUUCUGAGGGGCAGCUUGUUGUUUUUGAAUGUCGGGUGAAAGGAGCUCCUUCCCCAAAGGUUGAAUGGUAUAGAGAAGGAACACUGAUAGAAGACUCUCCAGAUUUUAGGAUAUUACAGAAAAAACCACGAUCUAUGGCUGAACCAGAGGAGAUUUGUACUCUGGUGAUUGCUGAAGUAUUUUCAGAAGAUUCGGGCAGUUUCACCUGCACUGCGAGCAAUAAAUAUGGCACAGUGUCCAGUAUAGCUCGUCUGACUGUCAAAGCACCUGAGGACAGCAGUAAUGCUGCUGCCCUUCACACCACGAGCUCUAUCGACUUUGUCGCCACUGAGCACCAGCCUCCCCCACAAACUCCUGCCAGCCAGGGAGCAAAUCAAACACCCAAACCUAAACUGGAAGGGGUUCUUGUCAACCACAACGAGCCCAGGUCGAGUUCCAAGGCAGGGCUCCGUGUCCACUUCAAGCUGCCUGAAGAUGAAAAAGGAAGUGAGUCGUCCUCAGAGGAUGGACCUGGCGCCACAAACCAAAUCAGACCCAACCAUUUCCCAGAGAAGAUAAAUGGACAGCCAAUGAAAAUAGCAGAGCCAACAUCACCAUCCAAGGAACCUCCCCCAGUACUGGCUAAGCCAAAGCUCGAUCAGAGCCAGUUAAAACAGCUCCACAACCAGGUCUUGCUCGAACAACAGCAGGUGCAGCAGGCAUCUCUAAGAGAGUGGUCAUUCAACAGCACUUUGGUGAAUUCUGCUACUUCCCUCUACCAGCAGUCCACCUCAACCCUGUACAAGCAAAGCUCAUCCUCUGCCUCGCCAUCCUUUGGCUACGGCCGCCCCAAGCAGUUCCUGGCACCGCAAACACCGCCAGCCAGCCCCUCUGCCAGCUCCUCCAGCACAUUCAGCAGCAUCUCUCAGGCGGCUCAGAGAACAAACCACAUAGAAAACUUCAUAGCAAAUUCUCCAGCAGCCCCGUCCAGGCCAUCAGGAGGCUUUACAAGCAAAAGCGAACAGUCUCUACCAAGCCCCAAAGAAGCAGCGGUGCCUCCAUUAGUGUUUUCUGCUUGCAGCGUAAAACAGUUCCAGCCACAGACUGUGACCCCCGCUCCCCUCUCCCCAACCGCACGCAUCCAGAAUCCAGUCGCUUUCCUUAGUGCUGUUCUUCCUUCACUUCCCACCACGCCAUCCACCAACGCCAUGGGACUGCCCAGAAGCACACCAGCCACCCCAACCCAGGGAUUAACAAAGAAAAACCUGAAGCCUCUGCCAUUAGCAACAGAAGAUUCUAUUCGGGAAAACAAAGUUGCACUUGUGAAGGACCUGGAAAGAAAACUGCAUUUCAGAGAGGAUGCUAAUCAACAAAGUGGUCAGCAGGAAUACAGGAUUUCAAGCUUUGAACAGAGGCUGAUGAAUGAAAUCGAAUUUCGCCUUGAGCGGACACCGGUGGAUGAAUCAGAUGAUGAAGUCCAACACGAGGAAAUCCCUACAGGCAAAUACAUAGCUCCCAUCUUUGAUAAGAGACUCAAGCAUUUUCGGGUAAUGGAAGGAUCCCCUAUCACAUUCACCUGUAAAAUAGUUGGAAUACCCGUUCCCAAGGUCUACUGGUUCAAGGAUGGCAAGCAGAUUUCAAAGAAAAACUCCCAUUUCAAAAUGAACAGAGAGGAAGAUGGAACAUGCUCUUUAUAUAUUGAAGCUGCUACUAAUGAUGAUGAUGGCAACUACACGAUUAUGGCUGCAAACCCCCAAGGGAGGAUCAGUUGCUCAGGACACCUGAUGGUUCAGAGUGUCCCUUUUCGGGGACGAAUAUCAACAACUCAGCCUCACAGAACACGACCCCGGGUGCCAGAAGGAGACAAAGAGGCAGUUCAAGAACGCUUUUUCAGGCCAUACUUCCUCCAGGCUCCAGGUGACAUGGUGGCACACGAAGGGCGGCUCUGUAGGUUGGAUUGUAAGGUGAGUGGGUUACCAACUCCAGACCUGAUGUGGCUGCUGAAUGGCAAACCUGUGCUCCCAGAUGGCAGACACAAGAUGUUGGUCAGGGAGACUGGAGUGCACUCUCUGCUCAUCGAUCCUCUCUCCCAAAGUGAUGCUGGAACUUACACUUGCCUUGCCACCAACAAAACAGGACAAAAUUCAUUUAGUCUGGAGCUCACUGUUGUAGCAAAGGAAGUAAAAAGAGCCCCCAUGUUUCUGGAGAAGCUUCAGAACUGUGGUGUUCCAGAAGGCUACCCUGUCAGAUUAGAGUGCAGAGUUGUGGGAAUGCCUCCUCCCAUAUUUUACUGGAAGAAAGAUAAUGAGACCAUCCCAUCAAACAGAGAGAGGAUGAGCAUGCAUCAAGAUACAACAGGGUAUGUCUGCCUCCUGAUCCAGCCUGCCAAGAAAGCAGAUGCUGGCUGGUACACCUUGUCUGCAAAGAACGAAGCUGGCAUCGUCUCCUGUACUGCUCGACUCGACAUAUACGCUCAGUGGCACCGUCAAAUUCCACAAGCACUCAAGCUCCGUCCCGGUGGCAGCCGCUACACAAACCUCAGCCAAGGACUCGACAUCUUCUCUGCCUAUCCAGCUCCUGAGAGCCCCAUGCUGUUUUCAUCCCCAACCCAAAAGUUGGUGGAGAGUGAAGAACUUUGAAAAACAAACACUCGUUCCAGUUGCACCUGCGGAGAUACUUAGAACUGUGAAAAAACUAAAUAAUAAUAACAAUAAUAUUGAUAAUAAUAAAAAAAAGAGGGACAACUCACGAUGCUCAAGGUUUACAAGCAACUUGUUUAUAAUUAAGUGUUCUGCUGCUGCAAAUGCUGCAAGUAAUAUAUGGUACCAGACUUUUGCAUAUAAUUUUAAUGCAGGAUAAUUGUGGUAUGGAGUGUUGUGCAAUAAAUUCAGUACUGUGUAGUUUGCUAAGAAUUACAUAGUGAACAUAGUUUUCAGCACCUAAAAGCCAAUACCACUUUUACUUCUUGAAUUAGAGCUACUGCACUGUAGGUGCCAUGGUAAGGAUUGAUGAUGAUUAGCUGGAUUACUGCCAGUGAAAACACUGACAUUACAGUAACACCAGUCCUGAAUGAGGGGUAAACAACAAGACUUUGAAUGUAAUUUUAAAAACAUGCCAAAUAAUCACAAAGCACAGGUUAAAUGGAAAAGAUGUAACUCAUUUUUAUAUAUGAUUAUUAUGCCAGCCUAUUCUAGAAUUUUUGAACUUCAGACUAGAUAAAUAUAGCAUUUCAUGUAGGUACAGGUGUAUGCCCUAAAUAUUUAUAUCUGUGUGUGCGUGUACUCUUGGUGUAAGGGUUCAUAAAAUAAGGUGCAGGGUGUGUGCAUAAGGCACAUAGCAAAUGGGAAUUCCUCUUGUCUGAAGCAUGCUCUCUUGAGCCCCUAGCUGAAACUAUUUUCCAGAUGUGCUUCAUACUUCUUCCUUUACCAUGUUAGUGAUCCUUUGAUUUUGGAUGAUACCAAACUUUGUCACUUCAUGGCUUUUAAAUAUCAGUCUCUUUUUCCUUCUUUUUAAUGUGCAUCUACCAUCCAGCUCAUUUUAUAGUUAAAUGAAAAGGAACUAUGACCUGGUAAAUUUUCACCACCAUUUAGGAAGCAAUCACAAGUGUGGUGUCUAAUAGGAAGACAGAAAAUUCUGUUAAUAUACAGAAGUUAUGACAUUAAGCAACUGUUAUAUGCAAAACGCUAAAAAACCCCAACAGUUAUAAUAAAUAAGGCAAAUAAAUGAAAGCUCAAGAGAAGGUGUUAAGUGACAACACUUAAUGAUUGCUUUAAAUAUAUUUGGCAUCUAUAUAGUUACAUUAAUACCUCCUGUUGUUAGAAUCUGUGAAUGUUUAAGAUGUUUUCCUGCAUCUUUGAAUUACUGCUAAACCUCUCCUCUAGACAUUGUUUUCAAACACUUUCUUACUGCUUUUAACGUGGCUGCAGAAUGCAACAGUCAUGAUCAAAGCCACAGAGAUGAAACAAAAAUUUAACAGAUACCUUCAUUUUAGACUGUGUCUUGGGUUACUUCAAAUUUAAAAUUUUAACUUAAAAAACUUCCAUAUGCAAAGAAAACAAUGAAGAGUUAUGUUAAAAGCAAAAGAAUAUUGGAUAUAGCCAGAGACUGAGAAGAGAAUCCUUUUCACUGAGCUUCCCACAAAUACAGCUUCUGUUGUUCCUAACUCUUGAUUCCCUCAGGAUUUAGAGGAAGUGAAUUUCUUGUGCUGUUUUACUUCCCACCUGAGUGAACACAAUAAACAAAACCAUGAUUAUAACUCGCAUAUUUUUGUUAGAAAUCUCAGCCAACCCAACCCAGACUGUACAUACCAGAAAGCUAAAACACAAACAUCCUAAGAGUUAAAAAAGCUGCAGGUAUUUCCAUGGGAAAGCAGAUGUUGCCCACGUUGUACCUCUUCCCUGGCAAACAAAAUAAAAUUCGUGGCAAUUAAAAGUGAUGCAUUGAGUUAAGAGACUUCAGUAAUGAGAUGCACAACUUAAGAUGUACUGUGUGUCUGCUCCAGUUACCUUCAGCUGGCUUUAAGGAUGGCAUAAGGAUUCCAAAACUACUCCCAAAAUUUAAAUUUUCCAAUAUUAGUUACUACUCUUGGAAAAAAUAAUCCAAGAAAUUUUAUUGGAUUUUGCUAGCUCAAUUCAGUGCUAUUGGGAAAUGGAAAGGCAGGAAAUUAAGACACAAAAGAUCAAACUCACAUCUACAGCCCUGGUCUUCCCAUUAUUUCACAAAUCAGAGGGAGGGUUUGAUCUCAAGUAUUCCAGGUUGUAUCCUGGCCAUCAGGAUUCAUCCCUAAGCCCAGUCAAGAGGUUGCCUGCUUGGAAGUCCCCUGUGGCCCCUUUGCCUGGCUGAGAGUGAGUGGUUGGACCAGGUUGGACCCGGUUGGACCCUUAGCUUUCAUCAGACUUAAAUCACUCUAUGCUUCCUAAAUUAUUUUAUUUUCCACUGCCUAAAUAUCCUACCUGGAUUAAGUUACCUGUCAGCUGAGUAGAAAUUAAGAAUCCAAGCAAGAAAAAACUUUUCCUUUUUUGCUGGAAUCUAACCUAUUAGGCAAGGCCAGCUACAGGACUUCUUCACACAGUGAAGAAACAAGGAAUGCCAAUACUCACCACUGGCAAAUAUCUGGUUCCAGUGCUGCAAUCCUACUGAUCAGUAUUACUGACAGCAGCAGUGAUUUUCACAUUUUACAACAUCAGGCAUUGCUGACAUCAAAAACUCAAUGCAAAUUAAAAGAGAAAGUGCUCAGUGCAAACAUGCAAACCAUAUCUCUUCAACUUUUCUCUGAAAUAUCAGUGGAGUGUCUCCAAACUCACAUCAUUAUAGCCUGAGCUGAUAUGUUGAUAUUUAAGUGGUACAAUAUUAAUGAAAAUGCACAUUCAGUUCUUUGCAAGUGCGAGGACAAGAAGCUGAAAGACCUUUCCCAAAGAUCAGUGUAAGACGGAUUAAUCCACAGUCAUUCAAGAAGGGGCGCCAGAAAUCUCAGUGAGAGUCAGACUACAGAAAGCAGAUCACCAAAAAUGCCUUAGCUGAAUUAUAAUAUUCUCUCCUGAUCGAUAUUUCCUGGCAAAAAGAUCCAAAUCCUUUGCAUUUCCCUACAAAACAAAGAAGUCAACAAUUGCAAUUCCUUUUGGUAGCUCUGAUAAAAACAAACCCAUGCUCUGAUCCCAAAUGGUCUGUAGUUGUUACAUGUUGUUCCCUAUCUGCUACAGGACAUUUCUCCUCUAUGUGUACAGCAAGCCUGUAAAUACAGCUUGUGGGAAUGGAUGUCAAUGCUGUUUAACAAUGUGCUCACCAUAAGGAAGAGCUUGAGAUGACACCAAAAUUACAUUUGUGUUGUUAAGUGGUGGAAAAAACAAGGGGGGAAUGGCCUUGUAGGACAGUGCUGUGUUGCCACACCAUGCCAGGAUGUGCUAGAGCCACUCUUCUCCUUCCUGAACAACCUGGCUGCUCAUUGCUGGUCUUUACUGAAUAACCAGUUCCACUUCACACUAACACAGCUUUUCAUUCUCUUACUCAGGGCAGGCUACUGCAGCAACACAACUUAAUGUUAGACCUUCCACUGAAGUCACUGUUAGUUAUGAACUUCCACAAGUCCAUGAAACCACCACAAUGUGGAGCAUUGUGUAAGUGUGAUAUAUAAAUGUUCAGCUUUGUAACCUCCCAAGUUACAAUCAGUUUGUCUAGGGAUUCACAGUCUUGUAGGUUUAUUUAGUUCCCCAUUUUCUCCUAGUCCUGGUUUUGCAUACAACCAGUAACAGGCAAAAUAUAUUGCAAACUAGAGCAGAAACGACAUCUUUUGUGUUGCAGUUCUAGAUUUCAAAAAGUAUUAUUUCUGCUUGAAACUUUUGGUCCAGGAUGAUGCAAACCCAGCCUGCAGCAGCGUUACAUCUGGGUCUGCAUGGAUAUCACUGGACCUCUUGCCUUAAAACCACUGGAUUGAGUUCCUUGCUUCCAUGUGGAAGGUGGAGCAACCCUUCUGAAUGCCUUAAAUCUGCUAACACGAGGAGAUGAGAGCACACACUGCAGAAAGGAAAACCCAACUUUUUGCAGUUUUCAUCCUGAUAUGUAAACAACUGCCAGCCACAGUUGUUUACAGUAAUUCUAGGUACUUCAACCAAUAAAUCUGAUUCAUACAGAUUCAUUUAAGAACUGUGCUCUUAAUGCUAUCAGGUUUAAAAAUGCUAGUUUCUGAAAAACAUCUUUACAAAACCUACUGAAAUAUUUAUACUGUUAAUACUGGAGAAGUGAUUCAUUGAUAACUGCCUUAUUAUUUCCAAAUACAAAAAUGUUCACUUUGAGCCUUAAAAUUCUAGUUAAUAUUUCUUCUUGAUCAAAGUUGAUUUUUUUAUAUUUUUCCUAAAGUCGUUUUCAUCGGGAAGAAAAAUGCUCAAGUUUUAUAGUCUAUUUUAAGUGCACUUGAAAGGAAAAAACCAGUAAUUUAGUUCCCUUCAUCUCACCUGAACUUAAAUAAAUGCUUCAGAGUUGCA